AGUAGCUACUUAUUAAUUUUCUUUCGAUCAACUAACAAAAGCAUUUGAAGUUGUAAAAUCCGGACUUUCCCACAGCUCUUAAACGCAGCCCUAAGUCUUUGACAGCCAAUGGCAGGGGGCGGGUCCUGUGACGUCAGAGGGUGGAAGAAAACAGCAGAGCAGGAAUCAAAACAAGAGACGGACACGCCUUCGCUCUUAAAGGUUAUAGCAGCUAAUUCGUUAAAACUGCUGCUGUCAGAGCUGCACAAAAACCUCCCGGUCGUCCACGAGGAGACUUACAACAACACAAAGAGAAAAACACUGCAGAAACACCAGAGCCCACUGCAGAAAUGGAGUCCACAGAAAUGUCAGACAGCGUUGACAGCAGCCGCUGAUAGAGGUCGAAAAUAACCCUGACAUCCGAAUCCUGUAAAAUGCCCAACCAGAAGAACAACAAGGGAAAGAAAAGCAAACGCACUAACAGUAGCGGAGAUGAGCAGGAAAAUGGAGCCUGUGCGGCCGCAACAGGAGGCGCGGCCGCGGCGGCUGCACCCAGAAACGAGCGCUCAAGUGAGGUCCAGUGCGCAACCCCUCUCGGCUGCAGCCUCGGCCGGGCCAUCGACCUGGAGAAGGACGACUACCAGCGGGUGCUCUGCAACAACGAGCUCUGCCCUUACGGCAACUGGAUGCAUCUGCAGUGUUUCUACGAGUGGGAGAGCUCCAUCCUCGUCCAGUUCAACUGCAUCGGCCGUGCGCGGUCCUGGAACGAGAAGCAGUGCCGGCAGAACAUGUGGACCAAGAAGGGCUACGACCUGGCCUUCAGGUUCUGCUCCUGCCGCUGCGGCCAGGGUCACCUGAAGAAAGACACCGACUGGUAUCAGGUGAAACGCAUGCAGGAUGAGCGCAAGAAGAAGCCAUCGGAGAGGAGUGCGGGCAGGACUGGGGCCAGUGGAGGGGCUGUAGGGUCUGGGGACGGGCCUUUUGAGGAGCCUAAGAAAAGUAAGGUGCCUGCAGGAGCAGGAGGAGGAGCAGGAGCAGGAGCAGGAGCAGGAGCAGGAGCAGGAGGUAAACUGUCCCACAGAGCCUCUAGUCAGGAGUUACCUCGUAGACAAUCAGUGGACCGACAGAACUCUACAGAGAGAGGGGCAGCAGCAGCAGGGGGACAUGCUGCAGGAGGACCCUUUCCUCUGGGGCCUCCUCUGAAAUCUCCAUGCGACUCCCCAGGACAAUCUCCUCCUACCGGCUUCUCCUUCUCCCCCACUGCUGCUCUCGGAUCAGGAGGCGGAGGAGCAGGUCUGCGGGGUUCCCGUCAGCUGGGAGAGUUCCUCAAAUCAGCCGUCCACAUGGACCCGCAGAGGAAACACCUUCUGGUCGGGGGAGCCCUCAGCAGGGGCGGGGGCUGCUCGUUGGGAGCCUCCGGCGGCGGAGCCGGCGGUCCUCACCUCGACCCCGGGUCUGUUAUCCCCCUGCCUCUGUCCCUCGCCCUUCCGCUCCACCACCGCCUCACCUCUGGCAGCGUGGGUGACGGCACCCACCCUCACCCGGUGCAGUUCCUGAGGAGGCUGGACCUCUCGGAGCUCCUCACCCACAUCCCUCGACAUAAACUCAACACCUACCACGUCCGUAUGGAGGAUGAUGCCCAGGCAGGCCAGGGGGAGGAGCUACGCAGGUUUAUCCUGUCAGCCCUCAGUGCGAGCCAGAGAAACGUGGUCAACUGCGCGCUGUGCCACCGGGCGCUGCCUGUGUUUGAACAGUUUCCUUUGGUGGACGGGACUCUGUUUCUCAGCCCCUCACGCCACGACGAGAUUGAGUACGACGUCCCCUGUCACCUUCAAGGCAGGUUAAUGCACCUGUACGCCAUCUGUGUGGACUGUCUAGAAGGCGUCCACAAGAUCGUCUGCAUCAAGUGCAAGUCACGCUGGGACGGGAGCUGGCAUCAACUGGGCACCAUGUACACCUACGACAUACUGGCUGCUUCACCGUGUUGCCAGGCUCGUCUCAACUGUAAGCACUGUGGGAAGCCAGUGGUGGACGUCCGAGUCGGGAUGCAGUAUUUCUCCGAGUACAGCAACGUCCAGCAGUGCCCUCACUGCGGCAACCUGGACUAUCACUUUGUUAAACCCUUCUCCUCCUACAAAGUACUCGAGGCUUAUUGACAAAUGUUGUUCAUGCAUGCUAGUGAAGCUGCUUCUGUUGUCAUUGUUUUUUUCUAACACAAUCUAGGAGAGAUUUUAUUUUUUUGGGCCUUAAGGUGGUUUUAUGUUUUUAAGUUCUCUCUUUUCCUUGAUUUCUUUUUUAUGUAUAGGAAAAGUAUGAUUCUAGUUUUAAAGAAUAAAUGAAUAAAAAGUUUCCAGACAGUAUCUCUGCUGUUAGAGAAAAGGUGUUGACAAAGUGUGGAACUGACACUUGAGUCGAGCAAACACAUCUGUGACAAGUGAAUGUAUCUGUACGCCAAAUUUGCUUUUAUUUUUUAUUUUUUACCAAAAACAUAAAUAUGAAUCUUGAAUAAAGCAGAGAAUGGUACGCACUGUGUGUUCCUCACACCUGCAACACUGUGAACACAACGAAACGGGGCACUGUUGACCAGAAUCACUGCUUCUUUCAGUGUUUGACAUUAUUAUAAUUAUGAAACGCAUCAUCAAACUAUUUAGUCUCUUCUUCACUUGCUUCACACAGAGUGGCAACCAAAUCCACAACUCCUGUGCAGCCAACCUGCUCAUCAGUGUAUGUGUGAGUCUCAGCCGUGUGUUCAUCACGUUUUAAAUGUCUGUUUACAUGUGCGGAUUGAGCCACAAACAUCUGGUUACAUUUAGAGACGGGCGCCAGACUAUAUAUAAGCAGUUAACAUCCGAUUGUACUGUGUGACAUGUAAAAAAUGCUGAUAAGACACAGAUGAUCUGUGAGUGUGAUGGCACAUUUAUAUCCUGGUGGGAGAAGUCUUUUCCUGGAUGAAGAUAUCUCUGGGUGAGUUCAUGGCUUACUAAGUAUGUUAAUGAUGCGAAGCAUACGGGACGUCACGGCCAGAGCUCUCCAGCGCCACCAUCAAAACACCAAACGAGGGAAUAUCUUCUGGAAGAGACUAGGAGAUGACACUGAGCGCUGAAGCUGUUCUGGAGGUUGGUGAUGGCCCAGCGCCUCUUCUGUCUUUAUCACAAACAGUGGAGAGAUGACAGGUGUCUCGACC